AUGUAUUCUCUUUUUAGUUCGUCACUAUCUACAAGUAGUAGAGUGAAUACGACAAAGAGUAUAUAUACACAGUUUACAUCAUCAUCAUCAUCUUCAACAUUUUACAGAUAUAAAUCAAAUAAACCACCAUCACCAUCAAAUUCGUCAUAUAAUAUCAACCCAAAACUUAGAUCAAGACUACAGAAACAAGAAGAAAUACAUAUACCAGAAAAUAACAAGAAUGUUAAAGUCAAUUUCACAUCAAAGAAACAGUUGAUGAGAGAUUUCAUACAAGAUUCACUUUAUAAUAAAGAAUAUGGUUACUUUACAAGCAAAGAAGUUAUCACAUCAAUCGAUAAAUCAAGAUUCAAAGAGUUGAACACAUUGAAAAACAGAAAAGAUUAUCUUAUUUAUCUUUCAGAGCUAUAUAAAGAUUCACAACAUUCUUGGUUUACUCCUGUAGAGAUAUUUCAGCCAUAUUAUUCAAAUGCAAUUGGUAGAUAUAUCAUUGAAAAGUAUAAUAAUAGUAAGAUGAAACAAGAAAAGAAACCAUUGAAGAUCUUUGAGGUUGGUGCAGGUUCUGGUACGAAUGCUCUGUGUAUACUUAAUUUUCUUAGAGAUCAGCAUCCCAAUUUAUAUGCAACAGCGCAAUACACAAUCAUUGAAAUCAGUAGAUUGCUAGCGGUGAAGCAGUUGGAGCGUAUCAAAGUUGAACAUCCAAACAUCAAAGUACAAGUCUACAACACAUCGAUUUUCAAUUGGACACACAAGCGCGAAGAUGACGAAUGUUUCAUCUUGAUGACAGAGGUCAUUGAUAAUCUUCCACACGACAAAAUCGUCGUAAACUCCGACGGUAUCUUUGAGUCGUUUGUCAUGACUCCGCGUGGUUCCACCGAUCUGCACAUAGAGGAUCUUCAACGACUGCAAGACCCCAUUAUCAAAGAGUAUCUCGCGAUGGAUCAACAGCAGUGGGGCGGUCAAACAUCGAUGGGAUUGACUCAGAUCUACGAGACGCUCAAGAACUUCUUUGCUGGCGAUCGUUCGAUAUUCGUGCCUACCGUAUGCAUGAAGAUGUUCCAGAUUCUCUCACUCUACUUCCCGAAGCAUCAUUUGGUGUUGGCCGACUUUGACUUUAUUCCGUCGUUGGUGAAAGGCGAGAAUGCACCGACCGUACAAGAGAAGAUGCCGAUACACCCGAACCAACCGAAUAGCGGCUAUGAAUCGAUCGACCACGACGACAUCACAACACCAGCGCCCGGAAGUUGCGAUAUCUUCUUCCCCACCAACUGGAGUGAUCUUCACUCGAUGUACAUUCGCACCAACCAAUCAAGAGACAACUUUGAUGCCUCACAAGUCAAAUCCUACAAACAAAAAGACUUUCUAAAGAUAUACGCCAAGCCUGACAUUGGUAAAACUCAAACGAAAUCAAAUUUCAAUCCAAUGUUACAUGAUUACACUAAUAUGUCUGUAUUAGUAUCUUAA